AGACAUAAAAGCAGAAGUGUGGGAAAGCCCCAGUGUCUUCUCCACUCAUGGAGACAGACCUGUUUUGCCUCAAGAAACGUACUUUUGCUUCUACUUCUAUGCUGAAAAGCCCACAAUAGAAGCUGCUGUGUGGAAGUGCUAAGUGUCUGUCAUCGCUCUGUGGCACCAGCCAGCCCUGCUUGUGGUUUGUCCACACAAGGAGCCAAAGAACGGGGACAACACUCCUCAAAAACUCAACCCUGACAUUUUGGGGCUGAAACCCAGGGUUGCACUUUCAAGGUCACAAUGACCCAACUUGGCUUCCUGCUGUUCCUCAUUGUGGCCACCAGAGGGCGGAGUGAAGAGGCCAAUACUUCCUCUGAGCAUUCGUCCUGUUCUUUUGCGUCUCAAUCUCUGCUCAGAAGCUGCAAGGAAAUCAAAGCCAAGAACCCCUGCGCAGGUGAUGGCCUAUAUUUCCUCCGCACCGAGGAUGGUCUCGUCUACCAGACCUUCUGUGACAUGACCACUGGGGGUGGCGGCUGGACCCUGGUGGCCAGCGUGCACGAGAACAACAUGUAUGGGAAGUGCACGGUUGGCGAUCGCUGGUCCAGUCAGCAGGGCAGCAGAGCAGACUACCCAGAGGGGGACAACAACUGGGCCAACUACAACACCUUUGGGUCUGCAGAGGCGGCCACGAGUGAUGACUACAAGAACCCUGGCUACUACGACAUCCAGGCCCAGGACUUGAGCAUCUGGCAUGUGCCCAACAAGUCCCCCUUGAAGCACUGGAGUAACAGCUCCCUGCUGAGGUACCACACUGAAACUGGCUUCCUCCAGGGACUUGGACAUAAUCUGUUUGGCCUCUACCAGCAAUACCCUGUGAAAUACGGAGAAGGAAGCUGUGGAAUGGACAACGGCCCUGCGAUCCCUGUGGUCUAUGAUUUUGGAGAUGCCAAGAAAACGGCAUCUUAUUACUCACCUAAUGGCCAGAAGGAAUUCACUGCAGGAUUUGUUCAGUUCAGGGUCUUUAAUAAUGAGAGAGCAGCCCAUGCCUUGUGUCCUGGAAUGAAGGUCACCGGAUGUAACACUGAGCACCACUGCAUCGGCGGAGGAGGUUUCUUCCCAGAGGGCAAUCCCCGCCAGUGUGGAGAUUUCUCUUCCUUUGACUGGGAUGGAUAUGGAACUCACAUUGGUUACAGCACCAGCCGGGAGAUAACUGAGGCAGCUGUGCUCCUAUUCUACCGUUGAAAGGGUUGUGAGACCUCUUCUCCCAACUGUGCGAUCCCAAAGAUGGAGAACAACUUACCAACUGUGUUGUUAAUGGCAGAGGAAAAGAGAAUAAAUCAUAUUGCAUCAAA